CCGAGUUGCUACUUCACGACCCCUAAAUACCCUCAUACCUUCAUGAAAGGGUAACCUAACUAUUUCUCUUCUAAUCUUUUCACCAAAAAAAACAAUAAAACAAAAACACUAUUUCUUCUCUUCCCUUUAAACUUUUUAAAAUUACCACCAUUUUUCUGUUCUACUAUAAAACGUCGACGUAUAGAACCAUUCCUCUUAAUUCCUCAAACCAAGGAAAAAUCAAAGAGAUAAAAGAAGUGUUUUCUUUUCUUUUAUCCUCUUAGCUUGCUUAAUUGAUCAUUGGAUCAAGAUCGAAGUUUUAAGAUUGAUUUUAUAGAAAGAAAUAAAUAGAAUGGAGAAGAGUGGAAUAAGUAGUGAAGGAAAGAUGUGGGAUAUAAUCCCAUUUAUAACAAUGUUUAUAAUAGAAGGAUGUACAAUUGCUUUAACAAUAACAGCAAAAUCUGCCAUGGCAAUUGGGAUGAGUCAGUUUGUAUUUGUGGCUUACUCUAAUGCUCUUUCUUCUAUUCUUCUUCUUCUUUAUUGUCUCUUCUAUCAUAGAGAUAGUAUGAAAAAGGUUUUCAAUGCGGAUCUUCUCACUCGAUUCUUCCUCCUUGGUCUUACUGGGAUAACAAUAGCUCAGAACCUUGCAUUUACGGGGUUACGUGACAGCUCACCAAUAGUUGUAUGUGCAAUGGGACUUUUACUUCCAUCCUUUCAGUUCUUCCUCAACCUUGUUCUCAGGAAAGCUCAGUUAAAGUUGAAGAACAAAAGCACUAGAAUCAAGAUUAUAGGAGUCCUAGUGUCUUUCAUUGGAGCAACUACAGUGGCCGUUUAUUUGGGCCCUUCUAUCCUUAAUGGGCCAAUUAUUGGGCCUAUAAGGUUCCGUCUUCAAGGGUCGUCUAAGCCUUUCUUCAUUUUUAUUUCUACCACUGAAGAAUGGAUGUUUGGCACCUUUUUACUUGCUUGUGCUACCUUCUUCAUUGCCAUUUGGAGUAUGAUCCAGGUUUCAACAUUCACAAGAUUCCCUGAUAUGAUGGUGAUAGUAACUUGCUAUACCAUCUUUGGAACAAUCCAAACUUUCUUUGUGGAUAUUAUUGCCAAUGGAGAUUUGAAUGCUUGGAAAUUAAAGUGGGAUUUGGAGCUUCUUAUCAUUGUCUUAACUGCCAUAUUUGGAACACUAGUUCGUAGCAGAAUCCAAGCAUGGAUCAUGGGUAUGAAGGGACCCAUGUACGUGGCCAUGUUUAAGCCCGCUGGGAUAUUUUGGGCCAACUUUUUUGGCGAAAGUUUCUUUGGCACUCUUUGUUACGGAAGUGUUAUAGGCACAAUUGUGGUAGGAGUGGGUUACUAUACAGUAUUGUGGGGAGUCAAGGAAGAAGCCAAAAAAGCUCAAGAAUAUUCUGUCAAACCUGCUUCAUCUGACAUCAAAACUCCUCUUUUGCAAAAUCAAAAUGGCGAUGAACAAGUGUGAACAAUAUUCCUGCAAAUAUUUCGCAGACUUAUCAAAUUAAGCAUGGAGGGAGAUAUAUGAAUCUUUUUUUCUUAUCUCUUAGUUGAGAUUGAAGAGAAGAUGAGACGAACUUCAGGCUAUUCCAAAAAUUUGUGAAUUUGUUAUUAAAUGUGUGAAUUAUUGAUCUUAUUGUAAAUAUGUGUUAUUAUUAUGAAGUGAUCUUCAAUUAGCCCGAUUUUUUGUGGGAAAUAUAUAUGUACGUAUGGUCGUCUAGGGAAGCAUGCAAAUUUAGUGUUCAUGAGUUGAGGGCUUGCUUAUUUAUUUGCUUCCCUCUUUCUUAGAACUCCAUCUAGUUGUAAUUUGAUCUUUUCUUCUUUUAUUAAUUACAAUGAAAGAAAAUAAAUAUUAUCCUUCGUUCUUUCA